CGUCUGGGCUGCGCGGGCACGUGUGCCGCCGCCUGUCAAUCACGCGCCUCUGAGCUUGGAGAGGCGGGAGUGGCGGCGGUGGCGGCGGCGGUGGAGGCGAUGGGACCCCGGUGAGAGAUCUGCGGCUAGGUCGGCUGCACUUGCUCCACGGGUCCGGGAUUGGAGGAACAGAAUUGAAGAAUGGAAUUUUAAAAGAAAAGUGAAAGAAUAAACAGGUAGAGGAAGAAGAACAUUGAAGCUGGGAAGAUGACUUCUUGCAGCAACACCUGUGGGUCCAAGCAAGCCCAGGCUGACACCGAGGGCGGGUACCAGCGCUAUGGAGUUCGGUCCUACCUGCACCAGUUUUAUGAGGACUGCACUGCUUCCAUCUGGGAGUAUGAGGAUGAUUUCCAGAUCCAGAGAUCGCCUAACAGGUGGAGCUCAGUACUCUGGAAGGUCGGACUCAUCUCAGGCACUGUGUUUGUGAUUUUCGGACUAACUGUCCUGGCAGUGGGCUUUCUUGUGCCCCCCAAAAUUGAAGCUUUUGGUGAAGCUGAUUUCAUGGUGGUCGACUCACAUGCUGUGCAGUUCAAUGGCGCUCUGGACACAUGCAAGCUAGCGGGGGCUGUGCUCUUCUGCAUUGGGGGAACAUCCAUGGCAGGGUGCCUACUGAUGUCCGUGUUUGCCAAGAGCUAUUCCAAAGAAGAAAAAUUCCUUCAACAGAAGUUUAAAGAGCGAAUCGCAGACAUCAAAGCCCAUACCCAGCCUGUCACUAAAGUUCCAGGCCCAGGGGACACCAAGAUCCCAGUCACUUUGUCCAGAGUUCAGAAUGUGCAGCCUCUGUCAGCCACUUGAAACAUUUGCCACCUCAGGCCUCCCCUCUCUGAUUCACAUGUGUCAUCGUUAAUUUUUUUUUCAAAAAAAAGGUAGCCAGUUUUUGAGGUGACAUGCAUUUGGCAGUGACCUAUCGCCAGAGCCAUGUGGGGCUGGACACAGUGUCAUGCAGGCUUAGUUCAGGUGAUAGUGGAUGCUAUGUGUCAAUCUGCACCUGCUUCUGAUGGGUUCCGACAGCACCUCUGGCACUAAUCUCCCUGGUAUCUCAGUAUUGUGUUAUUUUCUGUGUUACUUGAAAGCACUGAGCAGUAUAGACCAGUCAAGUAGUCAUCAAUGUGACCCAAGUUAUUUUCUAAUUGACUUUUCUGAUCCUUCUGUGUGGUGCUGUCUUCCAUGCCUUUCUCUGUGUAUGAUUACCAUUGUGUGUUCAUAGAUACGCAGUUUCCCGAUUUUGAUCUGGAUGGUAGAUUUUUAACGCUAUCUUGGCAUAAAAGUCCUAAGAAUUAAUAGAAAUGUUCCACGCAAGUUGUUUUGUUUUCUCCAGAUUUUUUUUUCACUUAAAUAGGUAAAAUUUUCAAUUUGGGAAUCUUGGUUAAAAAAAAAACAGCAACAUUAACAAUAAUGGGAGUGUACAUUUAUGUGGUAUUCUGACAACAGUUAAAAGCUGGGGAGCUUGACUUCCUGCCAUUAACUCUGCCAUUUGACUUUGCAGGAAUAAAUAAAUAAAUAAAUAAAUAAAUAAAUAAAUAAAUAAAUAAUAGUUCCCCAACCCUCGGUUCCUCAAGUUACAUAUGAGGUUUUAAGAACAUUCCCUGCUUAAGUAUAUGUAUAUUUUUCAGUCACAUGUCACUGAGUCUCUUUCUUGGGUAUAUUUGUGAUGGUCUUGUGUUGGGGUAUUUUUCAGAACUGGACUCCUGGAGUCUCUAACUCGGCAGACUUUACAGAAUUUACCUUAACUAUCCAACCCAAGCAGGCUGGGUGACGCUACCUUGCAUUUAUAGAGUAAGUUAGCCUUAAAUAAGAAGCCCUAGGAUGCUGUCAACCUUAAAAAGAGUUUGCAUCCUCAAACAGGAGAAACUGGGCUCCAAGUCCCCUGGUCUCCAAGAUGUGCCCCUUGUCCCUCGCAUUUCCAUUUAAUCUGCAAAUGUACAUUGGACAACAGAAAGGGAAAGGUAUGACUUCGGUAUCCUCUCCAUUGUGCUUCUUCAAGUUUUGUCUUUAUAUGUAUACAUAUUCUUCCUUUGAGGGGUAAAGCAAAUAUGAGUGAGCUGAACCAGAACUGCGCUGUCAUCCCCCAAACGUGGCUCUUUUCUCCCCAACGUGUAAUUUUCCAUUCCAAAACUGAAUAAGCCCUGAUGUUUCCCUGACUAAAUGGAAGAAUAAAUGAAGCAAUUAGUGGUC